AUGCUGAACUCAGUAGGUAAUUAUCGUCAUUCAGAACUAUCCACUAAAUCAUUGCUUCCACUCUGUCCAAGUACGUACCCUGGUACCUUUCCAUGCACUCGUCUGUUUUUGGCAAAAUAUCGUCAAUAUCCAUGUAAGAUUGUACUGGUAUCUGACAACGAAGUACAGCAUGUACAAACGGUAAUCAGUCAUCUAUGUCAACAACUAAAUUAUCAAGAAAAAUUAGACAAUGAUCUCAUAGCACGAUGUUAUCAUUCAUGUUCAAAGACAUAUUUUACUCGCCAGCGUCUACUUGAUUCUGGUAACGGCUUGACAGUAACGUUAAAAGAUAUUCGAUGGACAACUGAUAGUGAUAAUCCACACCAAUAUAAAGCUGAUUACUCUGACGAUCAUUUUCUUGUCUGUGACUGUAUUGAAAUCUUUUAUUUACCUGAACAUGAUGAAGAAGCUCGAAUACUAGUUACGAAUAUAUCAAAAAUGACAUUAUACAAAUCGAAAUCAACCAUUUUACACAUGAUAUGCAAAACUAAACAAGAUAGAUAUUAUCUACGUAAUAUAACGAUUAAAAAACCGCUUAUUACCGAUAUGUCGUUGAAUUAUGGACAACAAUUUGUGCCUGUUCAUGAAAAAAUCAUCAAAAAUUUGAAUAAGAAGGAUGGUAAGGGCAUUGUACUGUUACAUGGGAUACCCGGCUCUGGCAAAACCCAUUAUAUUCGCUAUUUAAUUCAUGAAAUCAAGGACAAAACAUUAAUAUAUGUUCCUUUAGGUUAUUCAUUUUCUACUUAA